AUGCAUAUCCACGCUUGUCUGAUCACGCUCGCUUCAUUGUCACUUUCUGCUUCUGCUUCUGUUUGUUCGAGUGGGAUUUACAAGGACCUUCUUGUCUUGUCUGCUCACCCUGCCGCUGAAAUCUAUUGCUCUCUUCACUAUCCCCUGCCGAAACACACCGUCACAGUUACCUCUACUCCGCACAAGUAUGCCAACAGACACGCGCCAACCAGCGGCAAGAAAUUCUCGACGACCGCUAUUCCCAAAGACUGUACUGCUAAGUGGUCAAGCGCAUAUAAGACCGGUGGUCAUUUCCUGAGCACGUUGUGCUCUUGCAUCGAGACCCCAGUGACCAAAACGUCUGACAGAAACCCAGCUUACCGUCACACCGGUGAAAACAUCGACAAAACCAACGUCAAGUCCAAAGAGUUCCUCUCAUUCGUCGAGCAGACCAACGCCCACGCCGAGCUCGAAAAGUCUCUCUCAUUCGUCGACCAAACCAGCGUCCACGCCAAGUUCGAGGAGUUCUUCUCAUUCAUCAAUAAAGUCCACACCGAGUUCGAAGAGUACAUCCCAUUCUUUGAUCAAACCAGCGUCCACGCCAAGUUCAAAGAGUUCCUCCCAUUCAUCAACCCCGCCAACGCCCACUCCGAGCUUGAAGAGUUCCUCUCAUUCUUCGAGCACGUCUCAUUCUUCGAGUACGUCCCAUUCGUCGAGCGGCGUCUCUUCCCACACACCAUCUUCUUCGGUGUCGUCCAGCCCGAUAUCGGUCUCUUUCACUCUGAGCUCCACGUCGUCCUCAACAUCGUCCUCUACACCAUCCUCCACGCCAUCCUCUACGCCAUCCUCUACGCCGUCGUCAACACCUUCAUCGACGCUGUUCUCUACGCCUUCAUCUAUGCUAUCGUCUACUCUAUCUUCUACAGCCUCUAUAUCCAGCGCUAUCAGCUCACCCUCUUCAUCCACUGCCUCCUCAGUCACUGUCCCACCACCCACCGUCACUGUCACACCCUCGCCACCUACAGUCACUCCCUCACCACCCACGUGCCCCGGAUCCGACGGUCAAUGCGUUUUGACCUCAGGGGGCUAUUAUCUCAUUUCUUGCUAUCUUGACUACGUAAGUCUUCCCAUGCAUAUUUAAGUACUUAAACUGAUUACU